CCCUCCCCCCCAUACCCACCCACACACCCACACACACGCCCACACACAGCCAUGCCCCCAACUUCCAGAGCUACCCGGACAAAGCCCAACAUCCUGAUCACCGGCACCCCGGGCACCGGUAAGACCACCCUCGCCGGGUUGGUCACCUCGGCUCUGCCGGACUACCAGCUGCUGGAGGUUGGCAAGGUGGUGGCCCAGCGGAACCUCCACUGCGGCCGCGACGAGUCCUUCGACACGCUGAUCCUCGAUGAGGACCUGCUGCUGGACGAGAUGGAGCUCAUCCUCGGUGGCGAUGACGCCGGCGGCCGCGGCGUCGAGCCCCAGCACGCGGCCCGCGGCGGAUCUGGCGGCUGGGUGGUUGACUACCACUCGUCCGAUCUCUUUCCCGAGCGCUGGUUCGAUAUGGUCAUUGUGCUGCGCUCCUCCACCUCCAUCCUGAACGAUCGCCUGGUGAUGCGCUCCUACUCGGAGAAGAAGAUCAGCGAGAACAUCAUGUGCGAGAUCAUGGACGUGUCUUUCAACGAGGCCCUGGAGGCCUACCAUCCCUCGCGUGUGCUGUCUCUCCCGAGCGACUCCAUCGAAGAGAUGUCCGACAAUGUCUCUCGCGUGGUCGAGUGGGCCGAGGCAUGGGAGCAGUCGAUGUCCACCCAUGGUGUUGAGGCCCGAAUCCACGUUGACAUCGACCCGAUCGGCGGUGAUGGCGACGGGUCCGGGGCCAUGGACUAAGGACACCCAAAGCAUGUGCCUCCCAUUACACAUGCGCGUCGGGGUGCCGACCCUGCCCCCCUCCUCCGUCCCUCCCCUUCGCGCGCUCCCUCUCUCUCUCUCUCUCU